AUGCUCAGCCCGUACUUACUCAAGGCCCUGGAAAUGGCUAGCGAUCAAGACUGUAUCGCCAAGAACUCUGCCUCGUUUGAUUCACAAACACAGAUUGACAUACACGUCGCCACGUUACAAAAAGGAACAUAUGCGCGACUGCGGCCGCUGGAGGCUGGAUACAACCCCGACGACUGGCGGCCGCUUCUCGAAAGACAGCUGCGACGAAAUUUCACAUCGCUCACGACAAAUGCGACGAUACGCGUGCAAGGGGUCCGGGGCGAGGUCUUUCAGCUGCUGGUGGACAAGCUGCUCCCAGAAGCGGAGGGAGUAUGCGUCGUUGAUACAGAUCUCGAGGUUGACAUCGAAGCAUUGGACGAAGAACAAGCCCGCGAGACACUUCGCCAAGUCAUCAAGUCCGACCGCGGCGCGAAUGGUCACGGCGGCACCAACGGCGGGGCAAUUGAUAUUUGGAAGCCCGUAUCCGACCAAGUUUCCACCGGCUGCUAUGCAGACUUUACGCUUCCCUCCUGGGAUCGGUCGCAGCCUCUCCGGCUGACAGUGUCCAACAUGUCGGACCCUGAGGCCCUGGAGAUGUUUGUGACGCCAAAAUCAAACUACCAUCGCGGCUUGCCCCGAACGGCGGAGCACGUCUUCAGCAGCCUGGAAUCGUCGGGGCCGGACACGACGAAAACGAUAGUCAUCUCGCCAACAAACGUGGAGAUGGAAAAGGCUGAAAGCUUACAGAUUUCCAUCUACGCCUACCCUGAUCCUGCCGCAACCAAGGGCAAUGCGAUACAGUUCACCCUCCGCGCUCAAAUCUCGACAGAAACCAACGGGGGCAUUGUCUCCGAUAAUGUCGAGAAUUCGAAAGCGCAAGAUGACAAUGACGCGCAAUGUUUGAACUGUCGGCAAUGGGUCCCGAAGCAAAGCCUUGUCCUGCACGAGAGCUUUUGUCGACGCAACAACAGCGUCUGCCCCAAGUGUAAGUCGGUGUUUAAGAAGGGCUCCGAGGAGGCUGCCGCGCACUGGCACUGUGAACACGAUGAAGCGCACGGCAACACACCGUACAGCAAGCUCAAGCACGACGAAAUGUUCCACGGCAGCUGGCUUUGUCCUGGCUGCACUUUUCAGACAAACUCUUUAUCAGACUUGGCGAGGCACAGGACCACGGUAUGCCCCGGGAAGAUUAUUCUUUGUCAAUUCUGCCACCUUGAGGUCCCGCAAGAGGGUGAUCCGUUCAAUCCCUCGCCCGAGGUGAUGCUGUCCGGGAUGACGGCACACGAGCUAGCGGACGGCGCGCGCACGACGGAAUGCCAUCUCUGCGACAAGAUCAUCAAGCUGAAGGAUAUGCAGACACAUUUGAAGCACCAUGAGCUAGACAAGGCAGGCAAGGAGAGGCCGCCGAUUUGUCGCAACCAGAACUGCGGGCGGACACUCUUCGGCGUCGGAAGUCGCGGACAAGUGCAGCACAUCCCCGGCGCCGACGGGCAGCAAGGCGCCCAGGUUGGGCUGUGCUCUCUCUGCUUCGGUCCCCUCUACGUCAGCAUGCACGACCCGGACGGGAAGGCGCUGCGCAGACGAAUCGAGCGACGCUACCUCACGCAGCUCAUGACGGGCUGCCGCAGGAGCCAUUGCCUCAACGAGUGGUGCAAGACCGGCCGCGCCAACGCCGGGCUGGAGCCGCUGGGGUCCUCGGCGAAGGACGCGCUGCCGCUAGUGAAGCCGCUGGUCGCUACGUGCCUGGACUUGGACGCGCCGGUGUUUUUCUGCGUGGACGAGCUGAGCCAGAGCGGGCGGAGGCUGGCGAGCAUGAUCGCGGCUGAGGGCGUUUGGGAUGUAGAGUGGUGCAUAGCCGCAGCGGAGGCGGAAAGAUCAAACGCGGAUAGGAUGCGGGAAUGGCUGCAGGGAUGGGCACCGAGAAGGGUUGAGGGGACGGAUGUCGGUGUAUAG